ACUCCUUUUCUGAUGGAAAAGAGACUUUAUUUGGUCUCCCCUUGAUCUUCCUUCAAGUCCAGUUUCUCACCAUGGCCUAGAAAAAUACCUAAUUAACAGGACUUGCGUGUCCUUCCUGCAAGUCAUCCUUUUGGAGGCAGUGUGGAGAAAGUUCAAGGCAUCUAGAAAGGACUAAAAGUAGAAUGGAAGAAAAGGAGGGGCAGGGAAGCAAAUGUAGAGACCUUAAACCCAGGGGCAGAAGUAGAGAAAGAAGCUAGGAUGAAAGGGGAGAGAAAAAUUACAGGAAAUAACAACUACAGAGAGUGAGAGGAGAGAAAGAGGCAGAGGAGGAAAAACCAACUUAUUGCUCAGAGAAGUUUCUCUCCUUAAGUCCUCUAGGUCAAGAAGUCAGACAUGGGCUGGACCACAGAAAGGAGACGACGGAUGCCCAGUGCUUGAUCUGGAGAAGUAAGAGUCCAGCCAGAUGGGACUGCACUCCCCAGCCCUGAUGGCCUCUGCCCUGGUGUAUUUCACCCAGCUUCCUCGGGCAAGAUGUGAGGAGAACUGUGUCAGUCCUCAACACUGCCUGACCACAGAUUGGGUACAUCUCUGGUAUAUAUGGUUGCUCGUGGUCAUCGGGGCACUGCUUCUCCUGUGUGGUCUGAUUUCUGUGUGCUUCCGCUGCUGUCUGGGUCGCCAGCAAAAUGGGGAAGAGGAGGGCCGGCCACCCUAUGAAGUGACGGUCAUCGCUUUUGAUCAUGACAGCACUCUCCAGAGCACGGUCACUUCCCUGCAAUCAGUGUUUGGCCCUGCGGCUCGAAGGAUCCUGGCUGUGGCUCACUCCCACAGCUCCCUGGGCCAGCUGCCCUCCUCUCUGGACACCCUCCCAGGGUAUGAGGAAGCACUUCGCAUGACUCGCUUCACUGUUUCAAGGUGCGGGCAGAAAGCACCUGAUCUACCAUCAGUGCCAGAAGAAAAGCAACUGCCCCCGAUGGAUAAAGAGUCUCCCGGAGUACAACACUCUUCUAAUUGAUGGAGACCUUUUUUCUUUUUACUGUUGUAUUUUAUUUAGCUGUAACAAAUCAAAUUACUAAAACUUUUGUUUAUGUUAAAUUUGAGAUAAGCCUAUAGACCCAGCAAAAGAAAUGCAAUUAUAAACAGACAUGGCCACCAGUUGCUAGUAGUAACAGUUACUCUAUUACACAUAUUUUCACUUGUAAUAUGUUAAACAUUCCUUCUUUGGUUCCUGCUUGCAACACAAUUUAAAAUUAGCACACCAAAAUAAUUUACAUUUAUAAGUGAUUUAUAGGGAAAACAUGACAUUUAUAAGUGAUUUAAAUUCUCUCUAAUUUAAUGUUUCAUCUGCUGAAGUAUAGUAAUCAUAGUACCUUAGAAGUUCCUUUUUAAUUUAUUUUUAAUGGAGGAUAAUUGCUUUAUAAUAUUGUAUUGGUUUUCUGCUGCACAACUGCAUGAAUCAGCCACAUAUAUAUAUAUAUGUGUGUGUAUAUAUCCCCUCCCUCUUGAACAUCCCUCCCACCCCCUGAAAUCUGGUUUUAUUAAUGGACUGGAGGUGUCCUCGGGGUUGGUAGAUAUUCACAGACAAAUGGAAAAAUUUUUACUAACUUUCAGAAGGGUUAGGAUGGCAUCUAAACAGCAUUCUUUGGGAAAGAUAGGUUCUAACUCUUCAUUUCCAGAUACAUCUAUUUUCUGCUAAGGGAUGCUCUUGUUGAGAAUUCUUUUUUAUCCAGGGGUAAAAAAAUUGCAAUUAACCUGUAGCGAUGCUGAUUACCGCUGAAGUGGAAAGCACCAGAGGUACCUUGGAUUCCUUCAUCUAUCGAGUUGCUUUCCCCAGAGGACGCUGCAAGCUGCUGGUCUCCCUAGCAGCAAACAGGUGGUGGACACUUGUGGAGAAAGACACUCGUAUUGGCACAGCCAGAGCUGUUAAUGCACUGAAUUCACAUACCCUUCCUCUCGUGAGAACAUUCACUUUUAUGCUAAAUGACAGUGAUAAUUUGGGACAUCAUGUAAUACCUCACUGGACAUCCAAAAUCCAGGGGUGGGAUUACAGACAUGGGCUAAGAGGGCACAGUGAAGUACUGAAGUGCAAAUAUCAAGGUCUUUCUUUCAUUCUUCUACCCACUAACAGUAUGGGAAACUGAAUAGAAUGCUGUAACAAUUCCAUUCAUGUUUUAGUUCCUCUGCCCUGCAAACACAUGCACGCACAUGCAGACAUGCACACAUAUGCACAUGCAUGCUUUUGUAACUCUAAAAGAAUAGCAUUGUUUUGGACAAGGCUUUGACUGCUUGAAAUCCUGUCUAUGGUGACACUUGCUUCUAGUGACCUUCACUGCCACCUGGUGGAGCCAUGGUAGAAAUGCAUUCUCCUGUUGCACCUAAAGCUCCCCUGGUGGCUCAGUGGUAAAAUAUCCGCCUGCAAAUGCAAGAGACGUGGGUUCGAUCACUGGAUCAGGAAGAUCGCCUGGAGGAAAUGGUAACCCACUCCAGUGUUCUAGCCUAGCAAAUGCGUACCUCUCCAAUCUUUGGAGCACUGUUUGGAGUCCUUCCCAGGGCACUGUCCUGCUGUUUCAUUGCUAACCUGUCCACAUAACACGCUACCUCCAAAAUGUCCUGUUAUUGGAAAAUUUAGGAAAUGAAGUACAUUUGGGGAAAAACUACUUGCCAGUGACUUUAGGAAAGUCACCAAACUCUUUCAAGCACAAUUUCUCAUUUGUAAAAUAAGGGAUAAUAACAGCACUGAUGAUAGUUGUGAAAAUCAAAUAAGCUGUCUAGAAAUGACAAGAUUUAUAAAUUGUUAUACACAUGCAUUUGUUACUCUUACUUUUGACAAUUUAUUUUCACUUGCCUCCUAUGAUGCUGCUGAGAAUUAUAUUCUGAUUUGUCCUUUUGCCAGUCAGCCUGCUGUGUUAUUGCUAAGUCACCCCUCAUGUAGCUUUAUUUCAUCAAUAAAUAUUUGUUGGUUGAGAUAAACAGCUGGA